UUCAAUCGCGUAGACGUUCUUCGCAAAGAACCGGAUGCCGAGAAUUGCGUACUCCCGAUUUCGACCAAGUCGGUGUCGUCUAUUUUGUGCGUGAUGCCGUUCGCGUUCGAGCCGUCCCUGCGACCUGCCUUCGUUUUUCGUUGCAUCUGAAGAAUGCAUGAGGAUUAGGUCCGCUGCCCAAUGCAUUUCCUUCAGAUCCUGUCCGGAUCCAAUCCUUGUGUCCUGGUUCCGCUCCGCGUCCCCUGUGCAUAUUGAAGUCGGGCGUGUGUGUCUAUCAGUGAGCCCCGAAAGUGUAUGAAUCCCGAAUGAAUAAUGUGAAGCAUGAUUUCAACUGUUGAAAUGUGUUGAAGUCGCAACGAUCGUUCCUAGAGCACAUGUUAAGCUAAUCAAUAAGGAUAUCCCUGCUUUAUGUGAAUUAAUCAACUUGAUAUUUACGUGAAAACCCAAGAACCCAGCCCAAGAAAAGACAAAUGGCCAAAGUGCGUGAGACGCCAUAGGUGACCCCAAAAAGGUGACCCACAAAAAAAGCAGGGGAAUGAGUCGGCGAUAAAGAAAUCGAGUCCAAUGCAGUUUGUUAGAGCCGACUACGCCAGAUUGCAAAAUGCGUUUGAAUGAACCAACGGCAAGAACGCGACCCAGAACUAAAUCAACGCCAGAAGCCACCAAGCUCUCAUCAUCCCGGGGUGACCUUCACCUCGCAUGCUCCGUGCCCAACCGGAUCAGGCUGCUCCUCCUCCUCAUCACAACGAUCAUGGGCGGCGGACUCGUCCAGGCCAAGACCAUUUACGACUCCGUGAACAGCAUCCAGGCGCUGGAUGCCCUGGUGGAGCCCAGGGAAACGUCCAAGGCUCCACUGCACACCACGCCUGCCACGCCCACUGCCCACACACACGCCCACAUCCAGGUGUCCACGCUACGGAGUAGUUACGAGGAUUCGGAUGAUGGCGUGGAUGGCGAUUAUGUCAUCCCAGAGAGCCAGACCUCUGCGGUGGCGAUCCUGGAUCAGGAAUCCCCACAAAAGAGCCAGGACAUGGAGUCGCUAUCCCUGCAGGCAGGAUCGGGCACAGUUGCGCCAAAGAGCAGCGCCGAUUCCUCCGGACACAAGAAGAACGCCUCCUUCCAGCAGAUUGGCAGCCAGAAUGUAAACGCCUUAGUGCCGGCCACAGUGGCCACCACUUCAUCCGGCAUCCCGUCGAGCAGCAACGCCUCCCUGGCCACGCCCACGGAGCCGGCGAGGAACCGGAGCACCGGCCUCGUCCGCAACUCCGCCGUCAAGGUGGACAGCAAGCAUCCGCUGUCCAAGGGCCAGAAGACGGACGCGCCCAUGCUGAACUACAUCUUCGACACGUUCUCGUCGGCCAACAAGCACCACCACCACGAUCAGAGGUAUGGCCCCCACUUCGAGGAUGUGCAGCGGAUUGGCCAGGCCACCAAUCUCACCGUGCAGGCGGGCUCCAGCAUCCACCUGAACUGCAGGAUCUCGCUGCUGCAGGAUAAGACUGUCUCUUGGGUGCGGCACAACACGCAGGACGAGGGCAAGGACACUGGCAACGCCCUCGAUCUGCUGACAGUGGGCAUGCACACGUACACGGGUGAUAAGCGCUACAAGAUGGAGUUCCAGUACCCCAACAACUGGCGACUGAAGAUAACCAAUGUGAAGAAGGACGACGAGGCCAUCUACGAGUGCCAGAUCUCAACGCAUCCGCCCCGCGUCAUUCAAAUCAACCUGCAUGUGAAUGCUCCGAAAGUGAUGAUAGUGGACGAGGUGGGAGAUCCGCUGCAGGAGAAGUACUACGAGAUCGACUCCACGCUGCAGCUGUCCUGCGUGGUGCGGAACGUGGCCAUGACCAGUUCCGUGGUCUUCUGGAAGCACAUGGACAGCAUCCUCAACUACGACGUAACUCGCGGGGGAGUGAGCGUCAAAACGGAACUGAUGGAGGAUGGAGCCAACUCGACGCUCUCGAUAGCGAAGAUCAGCAAAACGGACUCCGGCAACUACACGUGCUCCAUCAGCGAGUUCCAGAACUUCACCAUCGUGGUGCACAUUCUGAACGGCGAGAGCUUCGCCGAACUGCAUCUUGGUGGAGCGGCUGGGAUGCGGAGCACGUGGUGGACGCUGGUGAUGCUGCAUGCAGUGGCACUCCUUGUGCUAAGUAGUCUAAGGGGGGAGUUUAGCUAAGGUAGCUAAGGUAACUAGGACUAGAUAAGUGAGAGAACGUCGUUUUCCCGUAGCUCUUUUUGUUGAUUAAUUGUAAAGAUUCCGAAUUGGAUGGAUGGAGGAGGGGGGGCAGUUAUUGGAAAUAACUUAAAACGCAGCCUAAGUUGAACUGGCUAUUAUAGAUAUGUUUCUACGUCUAUCAUCAAUUUGUACAUGAGCAGGCACGCCUAGGAUUAAGCUAGCAUUAAGGACUAAGCUCGAGUGUAUUUGAAAUGCGGAGAGAGGCCAACGAAUUUCCCUAGCAGAAUCUCACUAAGUCGCAGAGUCACAGGUCAGAGUUGAUGGUCUGGAAUAGAUCUAAAUCUAGUUGAUACAGGAAUGUAAAGCGUAGUGUAGUCUAAGUCACCAGCAGUUCAUUAUCACAGCUUUUGCGGCAAGGAUCUGAACUCCUGUGGGAACUACUCAAUGUUGAACUAAUAUAAAGUGCAAU